AUGGUUUCAAGACAAUUACUAAAACCGGUUAUUACUGAUGUUGUGUACAAAGGAAUGAAUUUUAUUAUCAUGGAUUCUCCAGCCACAGAUACGGUUCAAACCUUUGCUAAUGAGUGUUCACGGUUGCGUGUUUCUGAUGUUAUUCGAGUUUGUGAAAAUAAGUAUCCAGUUGAACCGUUUGAAAAAGUUGGAAUUCGAGUUCACCAUUGGGAGUUUGAAGACGGAUCGUUCCCCCCUGAUGACAUUUUAGAUAAAUGGUUUGAACUUUUACGGUUGCGGUUCUACGGUCCCAAAAAAGCUGUCUCUGGUGAUGAUAACCGUAAUGAUCAUUCUACCCCCGGGCCUGUGGCUGUGCAUUGCUUGGCAGGCUAUGGAAGAGCUCCGGCUCUGGUCGCAGUUGCUCUGAUGGAGCUAGGAAUGCCCAAUCAAGACGCCAUCGAAUUAAUUAGAUCUAAGCGCAAAGGUGCUUUCAAUGAUCGACAAGUGGAAUCACUGAGAAAUUAUCGGUCCAAAGGUCGACUCCGCAAGAACAUGCACCAAUGCCGGAUUUUCUGA